AAAAAAAGGGAGAAAUUAGCUUUCGUUUCCUUCCUACUUCGUCUCUGCUUACAAAAUAUUGACUCUGGUCCAACGUGUAAUUUGUGAAUGAGCUGCAAUCCUCCGACACUUAACCGCCUUCUCAGCACCAUCUUUUUUCGAUUUACGUUUCACAGAAUUAGGCGAAGAAAAACUUCCAAAUUCCAAUUCGGGCUCCCACUGAAACUUUCUUUGUUAAGAGGCCAGUGUGAGAGAGUGAGAGAGAGAGAGAGAGUAGAGGGAUCAUAGAUUCACAGGUCUGCUUCUAAACAUCUCUAUUGAAGUUCGUCUCGAAUCUGGAUUUCUGCUAGAUCUCAUAUUUCUGGCGUGUGGGUCGAUGGUUUCUUCUUAGCACCUUCUCACAGCUCUUCAUUUUGAUGUUACCUUCCUCUGCUGCAAUUAGUCGAGAUGAGAGGAGCAAUUGGUACCUCGCCCAGUCCGAUUGAGACGAGGCACAGACUACCUGGGUCAACUGAUGACACAAAUAAGAGAAGGUCUAUAAGAAAUAAAGAUGUCAAAGAUAUUGAGAAGCCCUUCCACCUUCCUGUCCAAGAAUGGAGUUUGAACUGCAAGUUUUUAUCUUUGAAACUUGUCCUUGUUCUCAUUAUAUGUGGCACUUUUUUAACUCUCCUCCUCUCUCCGGCAAUAUAUAGUGUUGAUCAUCUAUCAAACCCUGGUUCUCGGCCAAGUAUUGUAGACAGGUGGAUGUGGGAGAGGCCCAUUGCAGAUCCACGUUAUGUGUCACAUAUACAUGCUAACUGGGGUCAGAUCUCAAAAACCAUUGGGGGACUAGCUGGAAAAAAAGGACUUCAGGGAAUAGGCCUAUUAAACUUCAAUGACAGUGAGAAUGAUCAUUGGAAGCAACUUUUACCAGGGGCUGAGCAUGUUGUUGUGAACCUGGAUUAUAUCGGGAAGGAUGUCAGUUGGGAGACCUUAUACCCAGAAUGGAUAGAUGAGGAAGAAGAGUCAGAAGUUCCUGUUUGUCCAUCUCUACCUGAGCCCAAAGUUCCCAAAAAGACACGGCUUGGUCUCAUUGCUGUCAAGCUUCCCUGCCGCAAGUCUAGUAACUGGUCGAGAGAUAUUGCUCGGUUGCAUUUGCAGCUAGCAGCUGCAAGGCUAGCUGUCUCUGCUAAAGCCUACCAUCCUGUGUAUGUGCUCUUUGUGACUGACUGCUUCCCAAUCCCAAAUCUCUUCAGCUGCAGGGAGCUUGUGGUACAUGAAGGGAAUGCAUGGCUAUAUAAGCCGAACUUGGGUACGUUGAGACAAAAGCUCCAGCUCCCUGUUGGGUCAUGCGAACUUGCAGUUCCACUCAAGGCCAAAGAGCGGGUGUACACAGGAAAAAUGCACCGGGAAGCAUAUGCGACAAUAUUGCAUUCAGCUCAUAUAUAUGUCUGUGGUGCCAUUACCGCAGCCCAGAGCAUUCGCAUGUCUGGUUCAACCAGGGAUUUGGUGAUACUUGUUGAUGAGACAAUCAGCGAGUAUCACAGAGGGGGCCUUGAGGCGGCAGGCUGGAAGGUCCGGACAAUCCAGAGGAUCAGGAAUCCAAAAGCAGAACCUGAAGCCUACAAUGAGUGGAAUUACAGCAAGUUCCGUCUUUGGCAGCUGACAGACUAUGACAAGAUUAUCUUCAUUGAUGCAGACCUGCUUAUACUAAGGAACAUCGAUUUCUUAUUUGGGAUGCCAGAGAUUACUGCGAUUGGAAACAAUGCCACCCUGUUCAAUUCUGGUGUGAUGGUCAUUGAGCCAUCAAAUUGCACAUUCAAUCUUCUGAUGGAUCACAUCAAUGAGAUAGUGUCCUACAAUGGUGGGGAUCAGGGGUACCUAAAUGAAAUCUUUACAUGGUGGCACCGCAUCCCAAAACACAUGAAUUUCUUGAAGCAUUUCUGGAUAGGUGAUGAGGAGGAGAAGAAACAAAUGAAGAUCCAUCUUUUUGGGGCUGAUCCCCCAAUCCUGUAUGUCCUCCAUUAUCUGGGUCUUAAGCCGUGGCUAUGUUUUCGAGACUAUGACUGCAACUGGAAUGUCGACAUACUACAGGAAUUCGCAAGUGAUGUUGCACACAAGCGGUGGUGGAAGGUGCAUGAUGCAAUGCCAGAGAACUUGCAAAAAUUUUGCCUGCUGAGGUCCAAGCAGAAGGCAGGAUUGGAGUGGGACCGGAGGCAAGCUGAGAAGGGCAACUACAGUGAUGGGCAUUGGAAGAUUAAGAUACAGGAUCCCCGUCUAAAAAUAUGCUUUGAGGAUUUCUGCUUCUGGGAGAGUAUGUUAUGGCACUGGGGUGAGAAAAACUGGACAGACAAUGCAACUGUCACCCCAACUAUACCUGCAGUAACCAAAGCGGUAAACUAAAACAAGUUUUUCUCUUUGUAGGGUGUUGCGGAGUCUCUUGCCCUCAAUUUUUUUUAAUCAAAGUCUCAUAUCCUUAAUUUGAUCAGCCUAUUUUGUUGUACCACAUUUGCCCAAAAAAGAGUCAAACCCCCCCCCCCCCCCAAUUCCUUCUCCCCUUUCUCUUUCUCAGCUCAACAUUGUAUCAUUGUCAAAAAAAUUCAGGUUUUUGAUGUUCGUUUCAUAAUCAGGGCAUUAAGAAAUUUUUUUUCUUUGA